AAUUCAUUCAGUUGUCGACUGCCAGCCAACGCGCUCGCGGCUGUUGUGUCUCUCGGCUGCUGUACAACAACAGACUGUGUUUGAUUAUUGCCGGGAAUAUGGCAAUGGUUUGCUGAACAGAAUUCAAAAAUAUCAAUUCUCAAUAUCGGUAAAGAGCUCUAAAGUAAUGUGUCGAAAUAUGUGCUAUAAGUAUAUAAGUAUAUACAAGUGUUUGCAAAGAAAGAGAGAGAUGUUGGCUUUAAGUGUUUUGAGCAUGCGGUUGCUUAUUAAGAAAGUCCGCCCGGUGAAGUGUCUUUGCCUCGGUUGUGCAUCCUCCCGUGCGCUUUCGGAAAGUAACGCCAUUUGUAGUGACAGUUGGUCGGUGUGCAUUCUUCUCUUACACAUAUGUGAGCGUGCGUGUGUGUGUAUGUAACGAAAUCAAAGCUGGAACCCGCCAGGGACUGAGACAGAGACAGAGACAGGGCGAGGGACAGUUGGAGCCACCCUUCGGUCGGUUUCAUGACAUUUCCCAGUAUGCUGGCUGCAUAUGAGUUAAUAUUUGUCUAGUUUUGUGUGCGUUUCCCUUUUGUCUUUUGACUUUUGAGAUCUUUGUGCUUUGUCAGCGACUCAUCGCCAGCAUCCUGUCGCCUUUGUGUGAGAGCUUACAACAAAUAGCCCCACUUACACACCCUCGCGGAGUGGAACCCUUUAGCAGCGUGUAAUGCACUUGCCUGCGAUAUUCGAGUGUAUGUGUGUGAGUGUGUGUGUGCAUCUAGUAAGUGGGUGGUUCCAUUGCGCCGUAAAAUAUGCAAUUAGAAGGACAUCAAAGCAUUAUACCGCCAGCAUUGAAGUACCAAGCCCCAUCAUUAGUGCGCAGCCGUGUGUACGUAGUACGUACCAAGUAUGAAGUGUGUCAGUUUUUCAGUUUCAGUUUGUCAGUCUGCUUGAAGGCCCGCCCGAAGUCCUCUGUGCUUUCACAUAAUUUGUGUACAUUCUUAUAAAUGCUGUUUUUUAUUUUUUGUUUUGUUUUUGUUGUGCUCAGUUUUGACAAAAUGUGGGCGACUCUGUCGCUGCCCCUUCUGGCAAGCCGCUUUGUGCGCUGUCUUUAUUCUUUAACACUUGCAAACGGGCGAACGCGAGGUCAAUUGGCUUAAUUAGUGUGUGACAGGGCCUGCGCGAUGAGCGGGCAUGCGGACGAUGGGUUGUCUUUUCAGUGAUGUUUCUACUCUUUUGGGAUCCCAGCCCCGUCUAGUCCAGUCUAGUCCAGUCGAAACGCUUAUACAUUUGUGAUGCCAAUGCAUUGCUUAACGUUGCCAUCUCAUUAUAUUCGAUAGACGCAUUCUCCAUUAUCUAAAACCAGAAUAUCACUUCAGGCGGUAGCCCCAUUGAGUGGGUUCAUCAGCAGAAUAUGUAUAUAUAUUGGAAUAUAGGCGUACCACUCCACAUUUACGUGAGCCGACGCGCUCUGCGGCCAUAGCAAGUGAGCUAUUCGCGGUGACAUCCGUUUCCUUCCGCCGAUAAACUAAUGGUUACGAAAUGCACUAACGACAAGGACGUUAAGGGCAACCACAAACGCGCUUAUCAGCAGCAAACAAGCAAAAACCACAAAAAACGCAAAUCCAAUCAAGUCAAUAAAAAAUGCGGCUGUCUUGCCUGUUGCUAGGCAUUGCACUUUUAACGGUUAGUGUCAGUGCCCUAAAACAGGACCAGCAGCAGCAGAAGGAGAUAGGCCACAGUAGGUGGGACGGCCACUUGCAUACGGAUCUUCAUCCGCAUCGACGCAAUAAAAUCUCCGACUUCAGAACCCAGACACAGCUACGAAGGGGGAAAAACAGUCGACCCACCACCAGCCAGAAGGAGGCAGAGGAGGAGGAGGGCUACGACUGGAUCGACGUGGAUAUCAGCGAUGCUGAUGACCACCCCAAGCUGGCCCUGGAUCUUGCCACAGCGAGCACUGCUCCCCAUGAUGUCUUCACGUGCUGCAACCAGGUCUUUGGCUCAUGUCGCACAGCAUGCGAGAACAUAUCCUUGAUUCAAUUGGACUCUGGAAAUGCACGUGAGGAGCCACGCACGGAAUUGAGAAAGUAUUGUGAGCUGCAUCAACUGGACUUUUGGAGCUGUGUGAAUCGCACACUGGAAGCGGUUGACAGAGGUAAAUCAUGGUCCGGCCGUCGAUGCUGCCAAGUGGCCGUUCUACCAAAGUGCAAAAACUCCUGCGCAACUGCGGCGGCCAGCCACGAGCUGAUUGAAGUCUGCCGGCGCAGCGAUGAGCAAGUGCUCUACGAUUGCUUUGAGCACCAGGAGGCAGCCGACAGUUGUUGUGGCAAGGCGCGCACCUCCGAGUGCCUGCAGGCUUGCCGUGAAGUCUUUGAGCCUCCGAAUGAAACUGGAUCCGCCAACGCCGAUAGCAAAUUGGUGGAUGAGACAUGUGGGGAACGGAAUGCCGAUGUGCUGCAAUGCAUUCACAAUCACACAGAUAUGACUCCGCCGGUAGACAUUGAGAAGUACUUGCCAUGCUGCGAGUACAGCCACGAGGAGAAGUGCCAUCAAACAUGCACGAAUGUGCUGUAUGCAUCCAAGUUGAAGCAGAGAGCCGAACGCAGUGACGUGGUCUUUGCGCGCCUUGAGGCCGGCUGCGGACUCCCGAUGCCCCAUCUCCCCUUUUGGCAAUGCUUCCUGACGGUGACUCGAAAGUUGUAUGUACCCUCGCAGGAGGGAGGAACGAGGCAGUGGCGCCCCGAGCUGUCCUCCCAGGGAGCUGACAACGAGGACCCGAACAAACUGGGCAUCGAUGCAGCCAAGCGCCAGUGCUGCGAGCAUGCCAGCAGCCACAAAUGCCGCCGCCUGUGCACCCAGAUAUUCACCAACGACUGGUGGGAGACACGCGCGAGCUUCGACACCGAGUGCUUGGAGCAGCCUGCUGAGAUGGAUCUAAGGCGCUGCAUUGAGAGCGUAGACGCGCCUUGUGAGCUGGGCUGUCAUGGACUGAGUUUUUGCAGCAAUUUUAAUGAUCGGCCAACUCAGCUGUUUCGCAGCUGUUCGCCCGCACAUGAUGCGGCCGCUCGGGAAGAUUUCUUGCUGUUGCAGCAGCGCGGCUUCAUUCGUGUCUUGGGUCAGGAGCUUUACAUAAAGAACACAACGCGCUGUGCCCCUGACAAGUGGCAAGCGCUGGUCUGCGCCUUACAGCUGCAGCCCUGCACCCGGGUUGGCCUGUAUAAUGGCAUUUGCAGAGAGGAUUGCACGGAGCUACUGGACGAGUGCCUGGAUUGGACUAGACAGCCGCAGCGGCCCCAAGCGAUUUGCGACCGACUGCAGCCGCCCACAGGGACGGAUGACGGAGAAGAGCCAAUGCCGUGCAUAUCACUACGCGGCUAUUUGAAAGAGAGCGAUCCAGCUGAAGUCUGGAACGAGGGAGCGGGCAGGAUGGACUUAGCAGUCAAUUCACCCUGCACCUCUAAGCCCUGCAAUGCCAGCGAGGUAUGUGUGCCCCAACGAAACGGCAACCAAGGGUACUCCUGUGUUCCGGGCUGCAGUCUGGGACAAGCCUCUGCGCUCAACGUGCCCUUCGGGGCAUACGUCCGGGUGGGCAAAAUGAGCACCCCCCGCAGUGGUAUCGGCCUGGCGAGUGGUCAGCUGCUGACUGCGGAGCAUGUGGUGUGCCGUUGUGGCAUUCGUGGCAACGUGGAUCAGUGUCAACCGCUGCCCAGCUACACCCAUGCGCACUGUGUGCUGCCGGGUGGGCGAAGCUUCCGACACGGCUCAUCCUUUUACCUAGAGUGUAAUCUGUGCAGCUGCUUUGCCGGUGAAAUAACUUGCACCAAGCAGCAGUGCCGUCUGCCAGGCUACGUGGAUGUGAGCUACACCAGCUUGCCGUGCAAUUGUCCAGCCCACUACGUGCCCGUCUGUGGGGCCAAUGGCAACACCUAUCCAUCGGCUUGUGUGGCCAAGUGCCUGGGCUUGCUCGAGAACAGUUUUUUGUAUGGAGCCUGUAAUGCCCGCAAUGCCUGUCAGGCACUCAGCUGUCCGUCCGGCACUCAGUGUCUGGAGAAGCGUCAAGUUUGUCUUUCCAGCAUGCAGAGACCGUGUCCCCAAUAUAUUUGCGUGAAUGUCUCGUCUUCCGGCUGUGGGAUUCACCACGGGAAGCAGCUGUGCGACACGGAGGGCAAGACUCACCAGAACGCCUGCUCCCUGCUGCAGGGUCACUUUCAGCUAGCCUAUUGGGGAGCAUGUCGGCCGGAGUACGAGGCGAGGAAUGAGUUGUCCGAGCUAGUCUGCGGCACGAACGGUGUAACCUAUCGGAGUAGCUCUGCUGCACUGGCCGACUUUGUGACUGUCGACUACGUGGGUCGUUGCCGCGAGGUGGGUCUGCUUGUCAGUGACAUGGGACGGCGCUGCAGGACGGUGCAAUGCCCGAGCCUUCCCUCUAAGCAUUGCCUACAGAUCGUGCCGCCUGGGGCUUGUUGCCCGAUCUGUGGCGGCGCCGCAUUUCGGAUCAUAUACUCCCGCAAACAACUGGACCGAGCCUAUUAUGCACUUCGCGGCCAGCACAACUCUCUGCUGACUUUACAUGGCAUUCUGCAGGAGCUCGAUCACUUGGUUCAAGUCAGCGACUGUCAGCUGACCGGUUUUCUCACCAUGGAGGUGGGCAUCUUUGUGGCGCUCGUCCCUCGUGGCCGGCCCACCUUACUGCAGGCAAAGGUCUGCGCUACAGAAGCGGAGAAAAUUUCGGCCCUGAUUAGCUCGCAAUCACCACGGAUUACUACAAAUCUGGCGCUGUCCAGCCUGACUGUUUCCCAUAUGCUGGAGCUCAGUGUAAAUGGCGGCGCAUUAAUGCCAUCGCAGAAAAUUGGCAUUUUGCUAAUUGGACUUUUGAUCAGCCGCAAUAUAGUAUAUAUUUAAGUGUAAUUUAAGAUAAUUGUACGGUCUUACAAAUCAAGUGAAUUCUUGGUGCCAAACAUUUAGCAGUUAAGUUAGCAACCCCCAUCGUGCCUUUAGCAGGUAGGGAUUGACCCUCUUUACAAUGUGAUAUUAGCAAAAUUACUUGUUGAAAUAUAUGGCGACUCACAUUGAAGACAUGGAUACGAAUAUUAUGGCUAAACAUUAAAUACCUGUAAGUUUCAGUUGUACCGACCAAAGCAGUUAUUUAUCUAUGAUUACAGCUAGUCUAAUGUAAUGUAUUGUAUCUGUAAAGUAAUAAAGCACGCCAAAUAUGUA